UGAACUUUCCGCACACAUCGUCAGGAGAGGUCAAGAGCUAUAGAGGCUGCUGCCGCGCCGAUUUUCCGGGAGCUGCAGUUAUCUCGCUGCGACGCCACCAUUUUGAGCUGCUCCGAAUCGCGCACCUCUAUAUAGUCUAUACUAUACUAUAUUUGCAGCGCGCGUCGUUGUUUCGGAGCAGCGGACACGCGGUGCGGAUGUAUAGCACCUAUACAGCCAGAGCAGAAGAUUUCGAUCGGGCGAUUCACACGCAGAUGAUAUGAGGUGGUGUCGUGCUCUCGUCGCCUGACAGGGGUGAGUUCGAGGCGACUCUGCUCUCGCGUUGCGUUCUCUUAUUUUCGGGGUCUGCAUACUACCUGGGCUCCUAACUUACAGUAUUUAUCAAAGAGAACAGAAUUUAUGUUUGAAUUUACAUGCCUGGCAUGGGAUGAGUACUUACAUACUACCACUAUCUUCACUUGUACCAUAUUGCAAGUGAAGAAGAAAGAAUCUCUACUAUCAAGUUGAUAUUGGUGAGCUCUAUAAAACCCUCCUCUAUAAAACUCCUCCAGAGAGUAGAAGUCGAAUUGAAAGUACUUAUAUUACAAUUAUGGCAGCAAAGGUCCAGCACUAUGACCCUCCAAGUUCUGCAAGCUCUGAGAGUGAUGACUGUGAUCAAUGUCUAGAGGAUCGAGAAAUAUUCUUCUCUGACGAACUAUCAGAGGAAUAUCGCAGAGACAUGGGCACACCAACUCCAGCACCACCUUCUCCAAGACCUCCAUCCACUGGAUCUCAAAAGUCACCUCACUCUCGCAGACAAAGAACAACUAGCUGCUCACAAUCUAAUAAAAAGACUGCUGCAGAGUCAAUACUUCAGAGUAAGACUAGGACUAUUUACACUGCUGGAAGGCCACCAUGGUACAACUCUGCUGGACAACAGGUUGAACCUUUUGUAAUUGGAAUUUGCGGUGGCAGUGCAUCCGGCAAGACUACUGUAGCUACUAAAAUUAUUGAAUCUCUUGAUGUACCAUGGGUUACAUUGCUCAGUAUGGACUCCUUUUACAAAGUUUUGAACGAAAAGCAGCACGACAUGGCAGCCCGUAAUGAGUAUAACUUUGACCACCCAGAUGCCUUUGACUUUGAGUUGCUAAGAGUUACUUUGCAGCGUCUCAAAGAAGGAAGAAAAGUGGAAGUACCUAUUUACAAUUUUGUAACGCAUAGCAGAGAAACUAGAACCAAAAUGAUGUACGGUGCAAAUGUUAUUAUAUUUGAGGGUAUAUUGACUUUUUACAAUGCGGAAGUGCUGAAAAUGUGUGACAUGAAAGUUUUUGUUGACACCGAUGCAGAUGUAAGAUUGGCUCGGAGACUGAGGAGGGACAUAUCCCAGAGAGGCAGAGAUCUAGAUGGAGUUUUAAAACAGUACAGUACAAUGGUAAAACCUUCCUUUUAUUAUUACAUUGCCCCCUCGAUGGUGCAUGCAGACAUAAUUGUUCCUCGCGGAGGUGACAAUGAAGUAGCUAUAGAAUUAAUCGUUCAGCAUGUCCAUACGCAACUGCAGUUGAGAGGCUUCAAGCUGAGAGAAAAGUUGGCCCAUUCGUACAUCGGCCAGCCACUUCCCAACUCAUUGUACUUACUUCCCGACACGCCCCAAGUCAAGGGCUUGCAUACUUUCAUACGUAACAAAAACACACACAGAGAUGAAUUUAUAUUCUACUCAAAGCGCCUGAUUCGUCUGGUGAUAGAAUACGCGCUGUCUUUGCUGCCAUUCAAGGAGAUCACGGUCGAGACCCCGCAAGGGGUUCAAUACAGCGGCAAGAGAAGCGCCUCGGACAAAAUUUGCGGCGUCUCGAUCCUGAGAGCCGGUGAGACAAUGGAGCAGGCCGUGAGAGACGUCUGCAAGGACAUAAGAAUCGGCAAAAUUUUGAUCCAGACGAAUCUGCAGACCGGAGAGCCGGAAUUGUAUUAUCUCCGUCUGCCCAAGGACAUCAAAGACUACAGAGUAAUUCUGAUGGACGCGACCGUGGCGACCGGUGCCGCGGCAAUGAUGGCCAUAAGGGUGCUCCUCGACCACGACGUGGCGGAGGACAACAUAAUGCUGGUUUCCCUGCUUAUGGCCGAGUCGGGAGUGCACUCGAUAGCUUAUGCCUUUCCCGAGGUAAAAAUAGUGACUUCUGCACUCGAUCCGGAAAUAAAUGAAAAGUUCUAUGUACUGCCAGGCAUCGGCAACUUUGGCGAUAGAUACUUUGGAACUGAGCCAUCCUCAACAACUGCUGAUUAGUUUUUUUUUUUUUUUUUUUUUUUUUUUCAAAUAUACUUGAUAUUGUUUUUUAAGAUCUGCCAGUUGAUCGAGUGGUGCGAAUAUUUAAAAAUUAUAAUGCUGUAUUGAUUUAUACGAGAGAUAAUAACUGUGAUCGUUUCAAUUUGAAUCAUUUAUUCAAGAUUGUUGUAAAUAAAUUUGAAAAUAUGACAAAGCCAGAACACUCGCUGUUGCGUCAUUCUUUAAUCUUCGUCAACGCUUUAAGACGUCACACCAAAAGAAAAUGGUAAAUCUGUAAUUGAAUGACUAGAGGAAAUUGUAUACUUUGUAUUAUUAAUAAAAUGGACGUGUGUCUGUAAAGGCACAUAUAA